UUUCUCACUAAUACACGGACUUGUUCAGUGUCGGGAGUGCCGAAGUAACGUUCAACUCAUUUUCUUUAUGACAAAUUCAUAUUUCGAGCUUUUCAAACUACAUCGGAAAACGUACCGGUGUGCUUUGAUGUUUCCCAAAUCUCAAGAAAGGCUGUGUUUUAUUUUGAAAAUAAUCACCCGGAUGUAAUCAUUUUCGUUUCCGGGAUAACUGUGUGUUGUGCUCGUGUUGGUGGUAAGGCUGUUUCCCGGUGCCUGAAAAAGCCGCGUGUGAGUAACCGCAUGGUGACGGAGUUGUGUUUUAAUGCCGUCCAGCUGACAUAAAGCCGGACAUCCACUCUUUAAAGCACACCCUGUGAACAGGAGCGCCCUCCACCACCCUGAUCCAGGCGCAGAGAAGGCACAGACAUGAAGGGCCACGGCGGCGGGUGGCAGGACGGGCGGCUCAGACAAAGAGUUGAGCAGUAUCUGGCCUCCAGCAGCAGUGAAUAUGUGGAUCUGUCAGCCAUGGCCCUGGACCUUCAGAAACUGUACAGGAUGGACUAUGGCAGAAGAAACAAGACAGCGUUCAGGAUCCAGGUAGAGAAAGUGUAUGAAGCAGUCAUUAAGGAUUCUGGGCUGAACGACCUGGAGAGCAAACACCUGGCUAAGAGAGCCAAGCACAGCCACCGUGACACUGGUGACGAGAGCGGUAGCAGCAGCUCAGAGGAGGCUUCUGACAGUAAUGAGAACAUUCCCACAAACCAAAUGAACAGCUCUCUAUCGUCUCUGUACCGGAAAGGGAACGCUGCUACCAGCAGUCCUCGCAGCACAGCCACUCCUCCGCCUUCAACUUCAGUGACCCUGGUUUCCAAAGGAGGCUGGUUUAUUGAUAGAGCUCCCGAGAAGAGCAGCACCAUCAUCGACCUUUGUGACGACGACCCGACUAAACAACCAGCAAAUACGGACGUGUCCAUUCUGGAGGAGGACAGGUCUCGCAAGAAGUCAAAAAAAAGGACAAAGACUGCUGAAAGAAGUCCUGAAACUACUGAGACACACACGCUAAACAAGAAAGCAAAGUCACCCGAGCUGCACUAUCCCACUUUGAAGUUUGAAGAUGUUGGAGGAAAUGAAGAGACAUUAGUGGAAGUGUGUAAGCUGCUCAUACACAUGCGACACCCAGAGGUGUACCAGCAGCUGGGAAUGGUUCCUCCGAGGGGCUUUCUGCUGCAUGGACCACCUGGUUGUGGAAAGACCCUGCUGGCCCAGGCUGUGGCUGGGGAGAUGCACCUGCCCAUGUUGAAGGUUUCUGCUCCAGAGCUGGUGUCUGGAGUGUCCGGGGAGUCUGAACAGAAGCUCAGGGAGCUGUUUGACCUUGCUGUGAGUUCAGCUCCGUGUAUCCUCUUCAUAGAUGAGAUAGAUGCCAUCACCCCUAAAAGAGAGGUGGCCUCUAAAGAUAUGGAGAGGAGGAUUGUAGCCCAGCUGCUAACCUGCAUGGACGAUCUGAAUAGUCUGGCAGUUACGGCUCAGCUCCUGGUCAUCGGUGCCACCAACAGACCAGACUCCCUGGACCCCGCCCUCCGCAGAGCCGGCCGCUUCGACAGAGAGAUCUGCAUGGGUAUCCCAGAUGAAGCGGCACGUCUCAGGAUCUUGAGGACGUUGUGUCGAAAGCUGAAACUGCCAGAGGACUUUGAUUACCAGCAGCUGGCCCGACUCACCCCAGGCUACGUGGGUGCUGACCUCAUGGCUUUGUGCCGCGAAGCUGCCAUGAGUGCUGUAAACAGGGUGCUGCUGGAAACGAGGGGGCCUCCACACAGCCAAAGCCAGACGUCUGCUAAAGAACCGUUAGCUAGCGGAGCUCCAACUUUGACAGACGUCACGUCAGAACAACAACAAGCGACCGACGCCAACCCCGUCCCUCAGGAGGAGCUGGGACAGAAUCCUCAGCAGCAGGGGGAGCUGUGGAGCGUGCUGUGCCUGCUGAAGAGCACAGAGACCCUAUCAGAGGAGAAGCUGGCUGGCUUGUCCAUUCUCAUGUCAGAUUUCCAGCUCUCUCUGGCUAGUGUGCAGCCCUCAGCUAAGAGGGAAGGAUUUGCCACAGUGCCUGAUGUCACCUGGGAAGAUGUGGGAGCGCUGCAGGAUGUCCGAGAGGAGCUCACCAUGGCUAUACUGGCUCCAGUGCGUUCUCCAGAGCAGUUCAGAGCUCUGGGGCUGAGUGCUCCGUCUGGGGUGCUGCUGGCUGGACCUCCAGGAUGUGGAAAAACCCUGCUAGCCAAGGCCGUAGCCAACGAGUCAGGCCUCAACUUCAUCUCUGUCAAAGGACCAGAGCUGCUCAACAUGUAUGUGGGAGAGAGUGAGCGGGCUGUCAGACAGGUCUUCCAAAGAGGACGCAACUCUGCUCCUUGUGUGAUCUUCUUUGACGAGAUCGACGCACUGUGUCCACGCCGCUCAGGCCACGAGUCAGGAGCCAGCGUGCGGGUCGUCAACCAGCUGCUUACAGAGAUGGACGGUUUGGAGAGUCGACGGCAGGUCUUCAUCAUGGCUGCCACUAACAGACCAGAUAUCAUCGACCCUGCUAUACUGAGACCAGGCCGUCUGGAUAAAACCUUGUAUGUGGGUCUGCCACCACCAGCAGACCGCCAUACCAUCCUGCAUACAAUCACUAAAGGGGGGACCAGACCUCAGCUGGAGCAGGAUGUCAGCCUUGAAGAGAUUGCACUAGAUAAGCGCUGCGAUGGCUUCAGUGGAGCUGACCUGACUGCAUUGGUGAGGGAGGCGUCUCUUAAUGCCCUGAGGACCUACCUGAAGUCCCAGCCUUCCUUGGCUGCAUCUCCUGGCCACACACAUUUGUCUGGCUCUGCUGCUGACAUCAGAGUGAGCAAGCACAACUUUGAGGAUGCCUUCGGGAAGGUCCGACCGUCUGUGUCCACAAAGGACCAGAGGAUAUAUGAGCAGCUGAGAGAGUCCCUCAGAUGACUGCCAGACCAAGAAAACAUCAGCAUCAGCCCCACUCACAAGUGAUUGAAUAAUAUUGUAGUGUAUAUACAGGUAUAAUACUUUUCUAUUAAAGUUUGACAGAUGCGA